AUGCCGCGAAGCCGGGCCCCCGCUCCCCGCCACACUCCGUUCCCGCCCGCCCGCCCGCGCGGCCGCUCCUCCUCCCCAACCCGAUCCGGAUCAGGGUUAACAACAAAAAUGGCGGCCCGGCCAGCUUCAGAUAAGGAGGAACAGCCCCCCCGCCGCCGCCCCCCGCCGCCGCCCGGCCCGAAACGAAAAGACAAUUUACCCAUCACUGAGUCUCUGCUGUUUCCUCGCAUACAUUACCAUCAAUGCCCGGCCUGUGAGUGUGUGUCGGGGAGGGGGGAGAGCGGCCGCGAGAGGCGGGCGGGCGCGCAGGCGGCGGCGGCGGCGGGCGGCGGGCAGCCCCGGCACCUGGGCCCGGCGCGCCCUCGGCGACUCUCAGCACCUCCCAGUUACUGGCGCCGGCGCUCCCGGGCCAUCUCCCUCCGUCGACACCACGCUCACUCUCAGCCGGGGCAGCGGCGCCAACUACACGGCGGCACCGCGAACCGGGGGGAGGGGGGGCAAGACGACGCGUCCGGCUCAGCCCCGCGGAGAGCCACUGCCUCCUACGCCUUCUCCUCCUCCUGCUCUGCCGCCUCCUCCCCUCCUCCCCCCGCCGCCGGCGCUGCUGCCGCCGCCUGGUCCUUCUCCUCCUCCUCCUCCUCCUCCUCCCGCCGCCGCCGCCGCCGCCGCUGGUGCCGCCGCUGCCGCUCCACCAACUACAUCCGGGCAACUCGGACGCUGCCGCCUUCGGGAAACCUCGGCAGUUUCCGCCGGGCCCCUCCUCUCCCACCCUCGGCCUUCCUCCCCGCCCCGCGCGGGUCCGGAACACCGCCCUCGGCAAACCUCGGCUGGCUCCGGCCUUUCUCCUCUGAGGCCUGGAUCUCCUCCUCGCGAUCAGUCUGCCUUUUCCUUCUUUUCCUCACUCACAAGUCCGGCCACCGCCGUUCUCGUUUAGGGAUAGUCUCGCUCGGGCGCCUGCUCGAGGCUGAUCCCAGGGGCUCCGGGCUGCGCAGGGAGGGAGCCGCCUUCCGGAAGAGGACGGUGGGGCGCGAAGGAAGCCAUCGCGGACUAAAUAAGGGAGGCUGCAGCGGCUGCGCGUGCGCCCAGAGGCGCCGCGGGAGGGGGUGCUCUCGGGCGAGCUCUCCAGCCGCGGCCUCCGCCCCUGCGCUGUCGGGCGGGGAGGUCGGAAACCCCCUGGCGAGACCACGGGCGGACGCUUCCCGAAGAGCUGCCUGGGCUGCAGCCGCGGAAGCUGCGUUCUGGGGAGCGGGGAGCGUGCUCCGGCGCCCUCGGGCCGCUGCUGGAAGCCGGAACCGAGCCCGGGCCGCUGCCCCUUACCGGACGCCGCGCGCGCCACCGGCUCUCGGCGGGGCAGGGGCUGCUGCGAGCUCGCCGGGCGCCCUUUAGACGCAUUUAAGGAAAUCUGUUUCUCUGUUGAAUCACUAGCUGCGAAUUAAGCUAACAGAACAGAAGCUCAACUGGUCACACACAGCAACGAAUACAGACUUUAUAAAGUUCAGAAAAGUUACCAAACAGUGGUAACCAUAACAAGUACCAACAAUGAACUAUGGGGAGAGAGGAGAAUCUGAUUUCCAGAGUUACCACAUUAUAAUACUAUUCAAAAUGUCACAUUUUUAUGAAAGAUUACAAACAAGGAAAAACCAGAAAAGUGUGGCCCAUACACAGGUAAAAAAAGAAAUUAAUAGAAACUAUCCCUGAAGAAGCACAGACUUUGGAUGUACAAAACAAAGACUCUUCAUCAACUCUUUUAGAUAUGCUAGAAGAGCUGAAGGAAACCAUGGACAGAGAACAAAAAAAUUAGGAAAGCAAUGUCUCAUCAAAUACAGAAUAUCAAUAAAGAGAUUGAAAUUGUAGAAAAGAACCAAAUAGAAAUUCUGGAGUUGAAAAGUAUUAUAACUAAAACUGAAAAUUCACUAGAGGUAUUCAGCAGCAGACUGGAGAAGUCAGAAGAAAGAAUCAACAGGCUUCAAGAUAGGUCAAUUAAGAUUAUGCAGUCUGAGGAGCAGAAAGCAAAAAGAAUGAAGAAAAAUGAACAGAACAUAAAAGACCUCUGGGACUCUAUCAAGCAUACCAGUAUAUGCAUAAGGGGAGUCUCAGAAGAAGAAAGAGAGAAAGGGACAUAAUAUUUGAAGAAAUAAUGGUAGAAAAUGUCCCAGCUUUGGUGAAAUACAUGAAUCUAGAUAUUCAAGAGGUUCAAAGAACCCUAAAUAGGGUAAACUCAAAAAGACCCACACCAAGAUGCAUCAUAAUUAAACCGUCAAAAGUCAAUGACAAUCCUGCAAGCAGCAAGAGAGAAGCAAUUCCUCACGUACAAAGGAUUGUCAAUAAGAUUAAUAGCUGACUUCUCAUUAGAAACCACAGAGGCCGGGAGGCAGUGGGAUGAUAUAUUUGAAGUGCUGAAGGAAAAAACUGUCAAGAAUUCUGUAUCCAGCAAAACUAUCCUUCAGAAGUGAAGGAGAAAUUAAGACAUUCACAGAUAAGCAAAAACAGAGAGAGUAUCUCACUAGUCCUGCUCUACAAGAUAUACUAAAGGGAUCCUUCAGCCUGAAGUGAAAAGACCCUAGACAGUAAUUCAGAUCCACGUGAAGAAAUAAAAAACACUGAAAAAGAUUUAAAUAUGUAGGUAGAUAUAAAUGAAAGCAAUAAUUAUAUCUGUGUCAAAGCACACUGUAUAAAGGUGAUUCAUGAUAAGGAGGAAAGGAUGAAGUAUAGGAGCAAAAAUUUUGUGUACUAUUGAAACUAAAUUGCUAUUUAUUUGAAAUAGAUUGUUAUAAAUGAAAGUGUUAAUUGUAAUCCCUAGAGCAACUACUAAGAAAAUAACUAAAAAUUUUGAAAAGGGAAUAAAAAUGGUAUGCUAGAAAAUAUCUAAUACAAAAAAGGCAUAAGGGAGGAACUGAGGAAGACAUAGGGAAAACAAAUAGCAAGUGGUAAUGUCCUUCCUUAUUACUAAUUACAUUAAGUGUGAAUGCCUUAAACUCCAUGUAACAGAUGGAGAGAUUGGCAGAAUGGACAUUUAUAGUUAGAACAUAUAAAAUGUUCUAACUAUAUCCUGUUUACAAAAGACUCACUUUAGAACUAGACACAAAUAUGUUGAAAGUGAAAGGGUGUCACCUUAGUUUUCUUUUUUUUUUUUUUUUUUUUUUUUUUGAGAUGGAGUUUCACUCUUUUUGCCCAGGCUGGAAUGCAAUGGCGUGCGUGGCUCACCACAACCUCUGCCUCCUGGGUCCAAGCAAUUCUCCUGCCUCAGACUCCUGAGUAGCUGGGAUUACAGGCAUGUGCCACCACGCCCAGCUAAUUUUGUAUUUUUUAGCAGAGAUGGGGGUUUCUCCAUGUUGGCCAGGCUGGUCUUGAACUCCCAACCUCAGGUGAUCUGCCCGCCUCGGCCUCCCAAAGUGCUGGGAUUACAGGCUGAGCCACCGCGCCCGGCCGGCACCUUAGUUUUCUUGUGCUGCCGUAACAGGAUACUUGAGACUGGGUAAUUUAUAUAGAGCAGAAAUUUAUUUUCUCACAGUUUUGGAAUCUGAGAAAUUCAAAAUUAUGACAUUGGCGGGUUUGGUUGUCUGGUAAGAGCUGCUUUCUGCUUCCAAGAUGACACCUUAUUGCUGCAUCCUCUGUAGGGGAGGAAUGUUACAUCCUCAACAUGGCAGAAGGUAAAAGGGCAAAAAGGAAUGAAAUUCCUCAUCAGGCCCUAACUUAAGGGCACCUAAUCUCAUUCAUGAGGGAAGGAGCCCUCAAGACUUAACCACCUCUUCCUGGCUGGGCGCAGUGGCUCACGCCUGUAAUCCCAGCACUUUGCGAGGCCGAGGUGGGUGGAUCACAAGGUCAGGAGAUCGAGACCAGCCUGGUGAACACGGUGAAACGCCAUCUCUACUAAAAAUACAAAAACAAAAUUAGCCGGCCGUGCUGGCGGGCGCCUGUAGUUCCAGCUACUUGGGAGGCUGAGGUGGGAGAAUGGCGUGAACCUGGGAGGCGGAGCUUGCAGUAAACCGAGAUUGCGCCACUGCACUCCAGCCUGGGCGACAGAGCGAGACUCUGUCUCAAAAAAAAAAAAGACAACCAUCUCUUAAAAGUCUCACCUCUUAAUACCAUCAUGUUGGCCAUUAAGUUUAAGUAUCUGAAUUUUGGAGGGCAAACAUUCAAACCAAAGCAAGUGGAAAAAGACAUUCCAAGAUAUCUCAGGUUCACAUGGAACAUUCUUCAGAAUAAAACAUGUUGGUCCACAAGUCUCAGUUUUAAAAGAUUGAAUUACAAAGUGCCGUCUCUGACUACAAUGGAAUAAAACUGAAAAUAACACACCCUUAAACAACCAAUGGGUCAAAGAAAGAUUAAAUCACAAGAGAAAUCAGAAAAUACUUUGAGAUGAAUAAAAACAAAAAUGCAGUACCCUAAAAUGUAUGGAAUGCAGCAAAAGCAGUGCUCAAAUUUUAUAGCUGCACAUGCCUACAUUAAAAAAUACCUAGAAUCAGCAACCUAACCUUCCGCCUUCAGGAACUAGAAAAAGAAGAGGAAAUCAAACCCAAAGCUAGCAGAAGGAAGGAAAUAAUAAAGACUGGAGUAGAGAUAAAUGAAAUAUACAGUAGAAAAUAGAAUCCACAAAACCAAGAGUUGGUUGUUUGAAAUAAUAAUGUUCACAAACCCUUGAAAAGACUGAGCAAGACAAAAAGAUUCAGGUUACUAAAAUCAGGAAUAAAGUGGGGACAUUACUGCCAAUCUUACAGAAAUAAAAAGGAUUGUAAGGAAAUACUAUUAACAAUUAUAUGCUAACAAAUUAGAUAACCUAGAUAAAAUGGACAAAUUCCUAGCAGCACACAAGCUACCAAAACUAACUCAAGAAAAAACUAAACCUAUAAUAGUACUAGUUUAAAAAAAAAAAGUAAACCAGUUUAAAAAAAAAAAAAAACUUCCAAGAUAGGAAAGAUCAAACCAUGUGGCUUUACUGGUGACAUAAAAUAUUUUAAGAGUGCCAGUCCUUCUCAAACACUUAAAGUAGGGGAAGAGGGAAUAUCUUAACUCAUAUGAUGCCAGCGUUACCCUAGUACCAAAUCCAGACAAAGACAUCACAAGAAAAUAAAACUACAGUCCAGUAGUUCUAAUGAAUAUAGAUGCAAAGAUCCUCAACCAAAGUGAAUCCUGAAGCACAUUACGAGGGUAUCCACACACACAAAAAAAACUGUUAGAGCUAAUACCUCAAUAUCACAGGAUGCCCAGGGUCAGCAUACAAAAGUUCAGUUAUAUUUCUGUAUCCUUGCAAUGAACAUUUCAAAGUGAAAUUAAGAAAACUCAUUUACAAUAGCAUCAAAAAGAAUAAAAUACUAAUAAACAAGAUGUAAGACUUACACGGUAAGAACUACAAAACAUAGUUGAAAGAAAUUUAAAAAGACCUAAAUAAAUAGGCAUUUUAUGUUCAUGUAUUAGAAGACUUUGAAAAUGGCAAUACUCCCCCAAUUAACCAACAGAAUCAGUGAAAUUCCUAUGAAAAUUCCAACUGCCAUUAAUGUAGAAAUGGGCAGGUUGAUCCUAAAAUUCAUAAGAAAUUGCAAGGAUGUGGCCAGGCGCGAUGGCUCAACGUCUGUAAUUCCAGCACUUUGGGAGGCUGAGGCAGGCGGAUCACAAGAUCAGGAGAUAGAUAGCAGCCUGGCUAACACGGUGAAACCCCAUCUCUGCUAAAAAUAAAAAAAAUUAGCCAGGCAGGUGGUGGGUGCCUGUAGUCCCAGCUACUGGGGAGGCUGAGGCAGAAGAAUGGCAUGAACCCAGGAGGCAGAGCUUGCAAUGAGUCGAGAUCACGCCACUGCACUCCAGACUGGGCAACAGAGCGAGACUCCCAUCUCGAAAGAAAAUGAAAAAAAGAAAUUGCAAGGAUGCCAAAACAGUCUUGGAAAAGAACAAAGUUAGAAGACCCACAUUUUGUGAUUUCAAAAUUUACCACAAAGUUACAGUAAUCAAAAGAGUGUGGUACUGACAUAAGGAUAGAUAUAUAGGCCAAUAAAAUAGAAUUGAGAGCCCAGAAGUAAGCCUAUACAUCUGUGGUCAAUUGAUUUUUGACAAAGGUGUCAAGAUAGAUCACUGGGGAAUAGAAUAGUAUUUUUAAGAAAUGCUGAGGAUACUGGGUAUCCACAUGUAAUAGAAUGGAUUUGGACCCUUACCUUACACCACAUGCAAACAUUAAGUCAAAAUAAAUCAAAUAUCUAAAUAUAAGAAUGAAACUAUACAACUAUUAGAAAAAAAAUAUUGGGGUAAGUCUACAUGACCUGGGAUUUGCCAGUGGAUUCUUAGAUAUGAUACCAAGAACUCAAGUAGCAACAUGAAAAAUAGAUACAAUUGGGCUUGAUCAAAAUUUAAAACUUUACAUAUCAAAUGACACUAUCAAGAAAGAGAAAAGAGAACCCACUGAGUGAGAGAAAAUAUUUGCAAGUCAUAUACCUGGUAAAGCUCAAAUAACUCUUACAAGUCGUCAAUUAAAAGACAACCCAAGUUAAAAAUGGGCAAAGGACUUGAAUAGACAUUUCUCCAAGGGAGAUAUUCUAAUGGCCAAGUACAUGAAGAGAUGCUUUGCAUCAUAACCUUCCACCUUAAGGGAAAUGCAAAUCAAAACCACGAUGAGAUACCACUUUCUAUACUCACUAGGGUGCUAUUAUUAAAAGACAAGUAUUGGCAAGGAUGUGGAGAAAUUGGAAAGCUCAUAAAUUGCUGGCAGAAAUAUAAAAUGGUGCAUUCACUAUAAAAUAGUUUGAUGGUUCAUCAAAAUUUUAAACGGAAUUAACAUAUAACCCAGCAGUUCUCCUAAAUAUAUACUCAAGAGGAUAGAAAACAAAUAAUCAAACAAAAACUUCUGCAUGAAUGUAUAUAGCAGCACUAUAAUAGCCAAUAAGUAGAAACAACCCAAAUAUUCAUCAAUAGUUGAAUGGACAAAUUGUGGUAUAGUCAUAUAAUGAAAAACUACUCAGCCGUAAAAAGAAGUUAUGUACUAGUAUAUGUUGCAAUGUGGAUCAACCUUGAAAGACCUUGCUAACUGAAAGAAAAGGCCACAUCUUACAUGAUUGUAUUUAUGUGAAACAUCUAGAAGAGGCACUUCCAUAGAGACAGAAAACAUUGGUGGAUGCUAGGGGUUAGGGAAAUGUAGAAAUGGGGAGUUGCUGCUUAAUGGAUUUCUUUUUUGAGUGAUGAAAAUAUUCAGAUUUAGGUAGUGGUGAUACUUGCAAACAUUGUGAAUGUACUGGAAGGCACUGAAUUGUACAGUAAAAUGGUUAAAAUGGUGAGUUUUAUGUCAUGUGAAUUUUACCCCAAUAAUACCUCAAUAAUAAUUUUUUAAAAGUA